AUGAAGUUCAAGCAGGAGCGCGGAGAUGAUUUUGGUCCUAUUUUUGUCAUGAUUCAAUAUGCUAAAGUCAAGGCACAGGGUAAGUUUCCACUGUCCGUGACAAACACGUUUAAUGUUACCGUCCUUGGUCUGAAUACUGAUUUACUGCCGAUGAAAGAGUUUAUAGAAAGUUUUCCGAAGGAUUCCAUGAUUACGUUGUCUGGCCAGGAGGGUUCCAAUUCACAGCUUUCAGCACAAAACUCUGAAAAUCAACAGAUGACUCCUGUACAGAAAUUGCUUUCAAAGGCUGUUGUAAUGCCUAAUGGGGAUCAGGGGUGGCCCGGAGCACGGGCUCAAACUAAAAUGCUGGUUGCCUCUCCGUAUGGCUGGUAUUAUCGUGGUUGUCAUGCUUGCUCAUGUAUUGCGCGUGGUGACAGAGCUCCGUUUGAGUGUGAGGCUGGACAUUUCACUGAGGCAGAGAUUUUUAGGUAUAAGAUUGAGAUUGAGGUUACUCAUGCCGGGAAUAGCUGUAACUUUUUAUUUUGGGACCGAGAGUGUGAGUUACUUUUGGGAUUGUCUGCUUCUCAGCUGCGUCAUACAAUGAUUAAGGCUGGCAUUCAUGAUCCCUUGGAAUUCCCACUGGCAUUGGAUCAGAUGUUGGAUUGCAAGAUGGCUUUCAAAGUUAAGUGGCAACCACGUUGGAAGAAUGCCUCUGUCGUUAUGCUAUUGAAGAAUGACCCUUUUGUGAAAGAGCUUGCUGAUCAGUUUGACCCAGAUGAGAUGAAACAGCCUGCUGUCGAAGCAAUGACCACUGUUCGAUCCGAACCUAAUUUUGUCUUCGAUCUUUAUGUGAGUUCAACGCACAGCACAAAUCCACUUACUCCUACUGGAAAAAGACACUUUCCAAGCGCAUCAAGCGAGUCAACAACCUCGGAUGCCACGUGUAAUGGAGAACUUUCAUCAAACAAGAGACAUAUGUUGCAGAAAUAUGUUGCAGACAUGUUACGACAGACAAAGCUUAUAAUAUGGGAUGAGCCACCAAUGGCGCAUAAGUAUGCAAUAGAAUCGCUUGACAGAACUUUGAAAGAUGUUAUGAGUGCAAACAAAAAUUCAACUGAUGUAUUUGGUGGAAAGGUUGUUGUUUUCGGUAGCGAUUUCAGACAGAUUUUACCUGUCGUCCCUAGAGGCAGAUAUUGUACAAUGUGCCAUAAAUGCAUCUUACAUAUGGCAUUCAGUUGA